GAUUCAAAAUCAAAAAGAGAGAAAGAGAGAAAAAAUUUCUGAAGAGAGAAAAUGUCAGGAAGAGGAAAAGGAGGAAAGGGAUUAGGGAAGGGAGGAGCAAAGAGGCACAGGAAGGUGUUGAGAGAUAAUAUCCAGGGAAUCACUAAACCAGCAAUCAGAAGAUUAGCAAGAAGAGGUGGUGUGAAAAGAAUCAGUGGAUUGAUUUAUGAAGAAACAAGAGGUGUUCUUAAGAUCUUCUUAGAGAAUGUCAUUCGUGAUGCUGUUACUUACACUGAACAUGCUAGAAGAAAGACUGUUACUGCUAUGGAUGUUGUCUAUGCUCUUAAGAGACAAGGAAGAACCCUCUAUGGGUUUGGGGGUUAGGGUUGCUUUUUUACUGUUUUUGUAAAGAAUGUUUGAGAUUAGGUUUCAAAUUUUUUUUCCUCAUUUCUUUUGGGUUUAAAUGUAUUUGGAGAUGUACUUAAUCCAAUCGUUUCUCUCUUUUUCAA